ACAUGUGUCCGCGAGCGAGAGACGCGCAACGAUAAAUUAUUAACUAAAUAAAUUAUUAAAUAAAUUAUAUUCUUUUUCUGUCCACCUCAACCGCAACUGCAACCUCGACCUCGACCUCGACCUCAACGACAAAUCUCUCAAUACCCAAGCCUCAAUUAAUUACCUUACCUACCUUAAAGUCGCUCAUUUCAAUAACAAAUCCGUCUCAAUUCCUAACAGAAGCAAAGGAAAAAGAGCGUGUCGAAAUUAACAAGAAUCUAAAAUCCGAAGUCGCAUAGCAAUACGAAGCAGAACCGCACCGCACCGCAACAAAUCGCUGCCCAUCAUGACGCGCGCUCAGCAGACCAUUUCCCUCGGCCUUCUCGUUACUUCUCUCUACCUGGCCUUAUACCUUCAGCUCGUCCCUCUCCCCGAGCUUGUCCAGACCGAGAUCGUCCCUGUUCUCCCCUUCUGGGCCCUCGUCUCCUUCGGCGCGUACCUCCUCUUCCGCCUAGGCUGGAACGUCAUGACCUUCCACGACGUGCCCGAGGCCCACAAGGAGAUCGUGGCCGAGAUCGAGCUGGCCAAGACGGACCUCCGUCGUCUGGGCGUCGACGUCGAUUAGAUUCGCAUCUUUUAGGGCGGAAGGAAGCAGUGAAUUCGUUAGCUAGCUUGUUAGUUAGUUAGUUAGUUAGUGAUUGAGGCUCGUCCGGUCUAUACCUAAUACCUACAGAUAUAUAGAUACAAAUGGUUUCAAAGUUGAGGGCAGUCAAUUGAUCGUAAAGAGGCCUACGGGCUGGCUGACUGGCUGACUGGCUACGAAGGCGACGAGGAGUAAUCAAAAUCGAUUGAUCGAUCGUCAAGCUUGUGACGUAGUAGUAACUCUGCACCAACCCUACCUACCUAAUUAAUAGUAGAUGCUACAUACGCUUUGAACGAACGAGCAGGUUACAAAUAUAUCAAUACCUACCUGAAAUCAAUGGCACGCGUAAACUUCCAUGGCAUAAGCAUGCUUGCUUG